AUGGCGUUUAUCUUCGUCGUUGGGACGAUAGGAAAUGUGACGGUUUUGGUUAUCUACUUCAUCAGAUAUAAACCGUCGACAUACCGGAUUUGUAUUCUGACUCUUGCUGCAAUCGACUUAUCCAGUUGUACCAUAGACGUACCAGCCUAUAUUGCUGAGGAGAGAUUUCGUUACACGUAUCGCCAUGGCGUACCGUGCAUUUUGUUUGAAACGUUCCACUUCUACAUUCUAAGCUUCUCCUAUAUGAUGUUGAGUUUCAUUGCGAUAGAGAGAUAUCGCCGGUCGUGCAAACCCUUUGCACACCAGAUCACUCUGAACGAAUCAAAAAUAAUUUGCCUAGUCCUUGGGAUUUCGUGUGUUUUCAUUUCCUCGCCCGGUAUUUGGAUACAUGGAAUCGUCCUUGUUCAAGUCGAGGGUGCAAAUGUUACUGGUUACCAGUGCGACGUGAUCGACAAAUCCUCCACGCUCACAAAGGGAUACUAUGUUUUAUGCUUGCUUCUUCUUUUAGUUUCGUUGGUCAUCUGUGGGACUAUUUAUACACUUGUUGGUCGAGAACUGAUGAAAAGAAGAAACGAACUGAAAAAGCAUUCUCCAAAAUCAGCCGUUAUUCCAUCUGUGGCAAAUGAAACUACCGGGGACACCACUACUGCUUCAAAGACUCAAUGUACGCCUGAAGAACAGGUUAAUGAAGAAACGUCCUCGCAUGAAGUUGUGGACAUCGAGUCAGACCAAUUAGACAAAAGUGAAACUACUUCAGUUGAUCACAACAAUAAGAUAACGAGCACCGAAGACACGUCACACAUCAUACUAGCCAAUCAGAAGCACAAACCUAAGGGAAUUAUCAUGAAGAAGCAUAAAAAUAAAAAGAAGAAAACUAUGAAGUUAAAAAUGGCGGACGAUUUGAGAAGGAAACGAUACAACAAAAGCGUCAGAAUAACUCUGAUGUUUCUUGUAGCGUCGAUUCUGUCUUGUUUGUCCGCAUUUCCUUUGCUUCUGCUCCAGACGAUUGAGGGUAUCAGUUCGUCGGCUAUGAAUUACAUGGAAGAGAAUAUUUUGUGGUUAUCAGUCAUGUUGGCAAGAUGUCAGCUUUUGAAUCAUAUAUUUAAUCCGUUUGUGUACUGUUUCAUGGAUGAGAAAUUCCGUAGCGAGUGUAUCCUGCUUUGCAAACGUUUUAAAAUGAAAAUUUCGGAAAAGUGUUGCGGAGGAGUUUGA